AUGAGCAAGCAGUGCUACUGGUUACAGGAGAAUUGCCAAGGACCAAUCAGGUACAGAGACUUAACUAUACGGUUCCAGCGGCCCGAGCGAUAUCUGCAGGGACGGCAGCAAGGUCGCCCAGAUCUCAAUGCAAUGCCGAAUAAGGGCAAAGCAGACCCGAUGCUCCCUCAACCUGUGUUUAUUUCUGGGAUUCCCAUUUCCUCUAAAGAAAGAAUAGAGGGAGAAGCCAGGGAGAAGCCAGGGAGAGAGCCAGGGAGAAGGCAGGGAGGAGUCAGGGAGGAGCCAGGGAGAAGCCAGGGUGGAGCCAGGGAGAAGCCAGGGAGAAGCCAGCGAGGAGCCAGGAAGAAGCCAGGGAGGAGCCAGGGAGGAGCCAGCGAGGAGCCAGGGAGCCAGGGAGAGAGCCAGGGAGAAGCCAGGGAGAAGCCAGGGAGAGAGCCAGGGAGGAGCCAGGGAGAAGCCAGGGAGGAGCCAGGGAGGAGCCAGGGAGAAGCCAGGGAGAAGCCAGGGAGGAGCCAGCGAGGAGCCAGCGAGGAGCCAGGGAGAAGCCAGGGAGAGAGCCAGGGAGAAGCCAGGGAGAAGCCAGGGAGAAGCCAGGGAGAAGCCAGCGAGGAGCCAGGAAGAAGCCAGGGAGGAGCCAGGGAGGAGCCAGCGAGGAGCCAGGGAGGAGAGUCAGGGAGAGCCAGGGAGAGCCAGGGAGGAGCCAGCGAGGAGCCAGCGAGGAGCCAGGGAGAAGCCAGGGAGAGAGCCAGGGAGAAGCCCCAGGGAGAGACCAGGGAGAAGCCAGGGAGAAGCCAGGGAGAGAGCCAGGGAGAGGAUGCCAGGGAGAGACCAGGGAGAGAGCCAGGAGGAGCCAGGAGAGCCAGGGAGAGCCUGGGAGGAGCCAGCGAGGAGCCAGCGAUGAGGCCAGGGAUAGCCCAGGGAGGAGCCAGCGGAGGAGCCAGCGAGGUGCAAGGGAUAGAGCCAGUGGUGAGAGCCAGGGAGAAGCAGCCAGGGAGAGAGCCAGGGAGAGAGCCAGGGAGAGAGCCAGGGAGGAGCCAGGGAGGAGAGCCAGGGAGAGAGCCAGGGAGGAGCCAGGGAGAGCAGGCAGGAGUCAGGGAGGUGCCAGUGAGGAGCCAGGGAGGAGCCCAGGGAGGAGCCAGCGAGGUAGCCAGCGAGGAGCCUGGGAGGAGCCAGGGUGAGGAGCCAGGGAGGAGCCAGGGAGAAGCCAGGGAGGAGCCAGGGAGGAGCCAGGAGAAGCCAGGGAGAAGCCAGGGAGGAGCCAGCGAGGAGCCAGCGAGGAGCCAGGGAGGAGCCAGGGAGGAGCCAGGGAGGUGCCAGGGAGGAGCCAGGGAGGAGCCAGGGAGGAGCCAGCGAGGAGCCAGGGAGAAGACAGGGAGGAGCCAGGGAGAAGCCAGGGAGAAGCCAGGGAGGAGCCAGGGAGGAGCCAGGGAGAAGCCAGGGAGGAGCCAGGGAGAAGCCAGGGAGGUGCCAGGGAGGAGCCAGGGAGAACCCAGGGAGGAGCCAGCGAGGAGCCAGGGAGAAGCCAGGGAGGAGCCAGCGAGGAGCCAGCGAGGAGGCAGGGAGGAGCCAGGGAGGAGCCAGGGAGGUGCCAGGGAGGAGCCAGGGAGGAGCCAGGGAGGAGCCAGGGAGAGGCCAGGGAGGAGCCAGGGAGGAGCCAGGGAGAAGCCAGGGAGGAGCCAGCGAGGAGCCAGCGAGGAGCCAGCGAGGAGCCAGGGAGGAGCCAGGGAGGAGCCAGGGAGGAGCCAGGGAGGAGCCAGGGAGAAGCUUGAGGUGUUCGUGACGGCUUCAUCAUCUCCUGACCGUCCCUGGAUUCUGGAUCUCUGGCUUUCUGGGUUUGUGUGGUUGAUAGGAAUGGUUGCAGUUAAUGGCGUGUGGCUUUCGAGUCAAAGAGCCUUGACCUCACCACUCAUCGCACUAGAUGUGGUGUUUGCUGCCCCAAUGUCUAGUUGUCGCGGAAUCUGGUUGGACCAUCAGACCCACGUCACGGAGCUCGACUACGCAGUUGAUGCUGCCCUCUAA